AUGUCUCCUGCGGCCAUCAUUCACGAGCAGCAGCAGCAGCAGCAGCAGCAGGAGGUGGUGUUGAAGGAUGGUUGUCGAUACGAUGGUUCUUCAAGCCCUCCAACCUCCACCAGACGGCCCCUCAGUUUUAAGAGAACGACGAAGCAUUCCCGAGCCUGCAAAUGUUUUGGCUUCCUCCAGGCCAGUGAUGAUGAAUCCUGGAGCACAGUCAAUCACUCUCCUGUCCAGGGUCGUCGACACGUCCAUCGCCCCCCGUCACCCUCCAGCAGAAGACGCAUGAAACAAAAUGUUCCCGGUACGCCGAAUGAGGUUCCCCGGGACGACAUAUAUAGCUCCCCGGUACGACCUAUGAUGCUCCCUGUACGACCUAUGAUACUCCUGGUACGACCUAUGAUGCUCGCGGUACGACCUAUGAUGCUCCCUGUACGAUCUAUGAUACUCCCGUGCCUCCUGCCCGUACCUUCACCUGUGCCUCCCUACCCGUGCUUCCUGCCCGUACCUUCCACCCAGUGCCUCCCCAACCUGUGCCUCCUGUCGCACCUUCACCCGUGCCUACCACCCGUGCCUCCUGCUCGUACCUUCACCCGUGCCUCCCACCGUGCCCUCCUGUCUGCACCUUCACCCGUGCCUCCCGUCUGUCACCUUCUACCGUGCCUCCCACCCGUGCUUCCUGCCCGUACCUUCCAACCGUGCCUCCACCUGCUCCUGUCGACCUUCACCCGUGCCCACACUGCUUCCUGCCUGCACUCCACUCCGUGCCUCCCACCCGUGCUUCCCGCUGCACCUUCUACCGUGCCUCCUACCCGUGCUUCCCGCCUGCACCUUCUAAUCCGCCUCCACCCGUGCCUCCUGCCUCACCUUCAAUUGCCCACUAACCGUGCUCCUCCUGCCCUACCUGUGCCUCCCACCCGUGCCUCCCGUCUGCACCUUCACCAGGCUCCCACCCGUGCCUCCGCGCACCUUCACCGUGCCUCCCACCCGUGCCUCCUGUCAUACCUUCUACCCGUGCCUACUACCCGUGCCUCCUGCCUGCACCUUCCACCCCAGGCUCCCACUCCGUGCCUCCUGCCGUACCUUCACCCGUGCCUCCUGUUCGCACUUCCCAAUCUGUGCCUCCCACCCGUGCCUCCUGCUCGUGCACCUUCUACCCGUGCCCACACCCGUGCUUCCUGCCCGUACCUUCCUACCCGUGCCUCCCACCCGUGCUUCCUGCCCGUACCCUUCACCUGCCUGCUCCCAACUGUGCCUCCUGUUCGACCUCUAAUCUCGUGCCUCCCACCUGUCCCGCCUCCUACCCGUGCCUCCUGCUGUACCUUCACCCUGCCUACUACCGUGCUUCCUGCCUGCACCUUCUACCUGUCCCUCCUCCCCCGUGCCUCCCGUCUGCACCUUCCUACCCGUGCCUACCACCUGUGCCUCCUGCCUGUUCCUUCACCCGUGCCUCCCACCCGUGCUUCCUGCACCUUCUACUCCGUGCCUCCCACCCGUGCCCACACUCCCGUGCCUCCUGUCCGUACCUUCCACACCGUGCCUCCCACCCGUGCCUCCUGCUCACCUUCCACCCGUGCCUCCCACCCGUGCCUCCUGCCUUGUACCUUCUACCGUGUUUUAUCCGCGCUUGUGUGCCGCCACUGUGCUUGUAAGGGAGAGUCUGGUGAGAAUGCCUGGGUUGGCUGCCUAGGAUGUUUUUCUCACCCAGAGAUUGUUUCUGCCCAGAGACUGUUUCUCUCGCCCAAGACGCCCUGCCCAGGAGACCAGCCUCCUGCUCAGAGACUCUCCAGGAGAGUUCUCAUAGUGAGAUUGCCUGUCAGGGGAGAUUGUUCACCAGGAGACUGUUUUUCCAAGUGA